AUGCUCCUCUUCUUCAACUCGACCUUCUCUGCGCAGCUGCUCUACGUCAUGGUCACCAACGUGCCGUCCGCGGUGGUCUGCCCGGACCCUACGACCGGCGCCCCCACUGUGAUCCUCCGCCGAUUGGAGAAGGCCGACCUGGAGGGAGCCAGCGUGCUCGCCCUCACCUCGCUUGCCGCGCAUCAGCGGAUGACAGAGCUCAGCAUGGGAGCCAAAAGCGUCUACGCUGCGGUGUCACAGUCGGGGAGCCUGCCGAUCACGCUCUACUGGCCACCGAUCACCUUCACCAUCGGCGUGGUGCCAUUGGUGAUCACGCUGGCCAAGCCCAUCGCCGAGGGUUGUCCUCCCUCAUGA